AUGGCUUCCAAGUCGAUCCUCAGUCUUUCCAACGAGAUAUUUUUGAGCAUUUUCGGGUACUUUUGUCUGCACUGCCAACAUGAAUACAACCAAUCCUGGGAUGAUCGGCCAUUUCGCUCUCAUGACUCUUCACGGGGAAAACAACAACCCGAUGCCAAGUCCUGGUACUCUAUCGAUAGGCAUACGCUGUUCUCACUAUCCUUGACCUCCAAACGGUUCCGCGAUCUUGCGCAGCCCAUUAUGUACCAUGAAUUUGUCUUGGGAUAUGGUGAUUCGUGGCUCUCAGAAUCAUACACCUGGGAAGGCCGGCUUGUGUCGUUUAUUCGCACCCUGUCUCGGCGGUCGGAUCUUGCUCAUCGUGUCAAGGUCAUGUAUAUCCAUACAUCUCUGUUUGGACGCAAUACGGACGAAAGUCGGACAGCCAAUCGAGUUGUCAUUCUAGAGGCGGCACACGCUCUUGGAAUAGACCUUCCAGAGGCCUGGAGACAACGCAUGUCCAGGGUGACGGAUGCCGAGAGUUACGACUGGCCAGAAGUCUACCAAGUCUUCUUAGGCUGCUAUCUUGACGACAAAUGUGAGUUAACUGAGAGACAGAAGCGGCACCUUCACCGGGCAAUGACCGACGGCUCAUUUCCUGGUUGGCGCUGGAUGAAUGCGGAGCUAGUGGCGAUACUGAUUGCCCAAACUCCGCAUCUCGAGUAUCUUAGCCUCCAGGGGGACAACCGGUGGCCAUCAUGUGGGCUUGCCAAGUCUUCUCUCUCGGCUCUGAGGGUUUCCAACUUGCCUCUGAAAACGCUUGACCUCGGCAUUGGUGGGUACCCUAUCAUCGAGUUGGCCCCGGGCCUGGAGACGCUGAACCUGCACCAAUAUACGUUGCAUUUCGGACAUUCAAUUCCCAACAUGCCAAGCCUGAGAACCUUGAGGGUGACAGAUGCCUUGAUGUUAGCUGUAACGCUGCAGAAGCUUUUGGAUGCUUGUACCGGGGGCUUGGUGGCUUUCGAAUACGAGGCUGCCAAGGACGAAACGCAAGGUCUUCGGGGCGGCCAUUUUCAGCCAUCAGACGCCAUCGAGUUUCUCGACAAACACAAAAACACUUUGCAGGUGCUGCAUCUUGACCUCAGCAAACGAGACGUCCAGAUGAGAAAGAUCCCCCCGGAAUUGAGCCUCAAAGAAUUCCCGGCGCUGAAACACGUCUUUAUCAACUCGAUACCGUUAUUCGGCUUUGUUCAAAAGCGUGAGCAGAACGUCGACUCUCGGGUCCUAAUCCAACUUCUUCCUCCUUCAAUUGCUUCUCUUACUAUCGAGAAGAACCACUAUCGCAACUUUGUCAAGGAAGCGCUGUUUGACUUGGCAGUCUGGAAAAGUCAAAACCCAGGCGAGUUUCCUAAUCUUACCUGGGUUGCCUGUCGGCCGAAAAUCAAGUCUUCCACUUUGGCGUCGCUGUUCCAAGCCGUGGGUGUCAACUUCAACGCCAAGGUCCGGUCUCUAAGUAAAAUCAAGCCCUAUCUGAACGGCCCAAAUGCCGAUUCAAUUCUUGUUUUCCCAAACUGGGACUCGGACGAUGAUCUUUGA